AGUACGUGCCCGGAUGAGUCCUUAUGGAAGCUUCAGCUCGUAAUGUUACCGGUUAUACACAAGGUGGGAGUCCAGUCUGAACAGUGUAGCUUGUCAUUUCACCGCACAGCGGGCAAACGGGGCGAACUAGCGUGACUUUUCAAGAUGGUGCAGCUGCAUGUGAAGCGUGGAGAUGAAAGCCAGUUUCUUUUCAACACCUCCGUGGACGCGCCUCUGGAGACGGUGAUCCAGCAAAUUACAGCCAUUUACAACGGGAGACUCAAAGUGGACAGAAUAUGUUCAGAGAUCCCAGAGCUGGCAGACCACGGCAUCACGCUACCGCCCAACAUGCAGGGGCUGACAGAGGAGCAGACUGUGGAGCUGAGGCUGAAGGAUGAAUGGGAAGACAAGUGCGUGCCCAGCGGAGGGCCAGUAGUCAGGAGGGAUGAGAUUGGGAGGAGGAACGGACAAGCUCCAAAUGAUAAAAUGAAAGAGGUGUUGAUGAGAACAGUGGAGGAGGCAAAGGCCCUGGUUUCCAAAAAACAAGUUCAAGCUAAUGUUUGUGUCACCAUGGAGAUGGUAAAAGAGGCCCUGGAUCAGCUAAGGGGUGCAGUCAUGAUUGUGUAUCCCAUGGGGCUGCCUCCUCAUGACCCCAUCGGGUUGGAGUUUGAGGACCGGGAAGACCUUUCAGGAACACAGGCGUCUCUGCAGGUGAUCGCAGAGGACGAGUGCCAGCUAUGGUGGGCUGCCAAAGAAAUGCAGAGGGGGAAAAAACUGCAGGACUACAUCGGCAAAAAUGAAAAGACGAAGCUUGUGGUCAAAAUCCAGAAAAAAGGGCAGGGGGCACCAGCGAGAGAGCCUUUGAUCACAGAUGAGCAGCAGAAGCAGAUGAUGAUGCAUUACUACAGGAGGCAGGAGGAGCUCAAGAAACUGGAGGAGGCAGACGAUGAUAGCCACCUGGACUCAGAGUGGUCAGACAGACAGGCCCUCAAAAAACAGUUUCAAGGCCUCACCAAUAUCAAAUGGGGGCCGAGAUGAAGACCAGUACAUGCAACUGACUAAGAUGCCUUAUCACAAUCCUGAAAUCUGCUUUCUGUCUGUUUUUGAGGUCUUCCAGAGAAUAUUGGAUAAAGCAGAUAUGUCCUGUAUGUCUGAACUGAUCUGUGAAGAAGACAUCCGGACACGUUGUAUGACACGUUGAAGUCACAUGAAAAACCUGAUUUAUCUGAACUUUACUGAUUGACUGUUUUAGUCUUGUUGUAAAUUUACAUUUGUAUUGAAACUGU